CAUUUACUACUUCCUGACGUCAUCGUGUAUGUUUUCGUGCUACGUUGAUUUCUGCUACGAUCCAAAUCCACGUAAAUUAAUGUUCAAGCUAACAUAAUUUUCAUAUCUAACGUUUAAAGAAGGAAUUGAUGAAAUUGUGACGAGCAGGACGGUCAUCAGCAUUCUACAUUCGAGAUGGGAAGUUCAGACUCGAAGCUGAAUUUUAGGAAAGCAGUUGUACAGCUGACGACGAAAACACAGCCUGUAGAAGCAGGUGAUGAUGCAUUCUGGGACCAGUUUUGGGCUGACAGCGUUACCAGUGUGACCGAUGUCUUUGCACUCAUCCCAGCCGCUGAGAUCAGAGCGCUCAGAGAAGAAUCACCAUCCAAUCUAGCAACUCUCUGCUACAAGGCUGUAGAGAAGCUGGUUUCUGCUGCUGAGUCUGGAUGCUCCGCCCCUAGAGACCAACAGGUGGUGCUCAAUGCGGCCCGCCUCCUCACCCGUAUACUCCCUUACAUCUUUGAGGAUCCUGAUUGGAGAGGAUUCUUCUGGUCUACGUUACCCGGCCAAUCGGCAAACAUGGAAGGGUUGGAUGAUUUUAGCGAUGAGGAAUCUCUACCGCUGGCUCAGUCUCUCCUGGCUGCUCUGUCAGACCUUCUCUUCUGCCCUGAUUUCACCGUGGUAGCUGCCAAGAAAGCUGGACCUGAGAAGCCUGAGGACCCUCAAUCCAUAGACAGCUGUGAGUACAUCUGGGAUGCCGGGGUGGGGUGCGCUACCGCCCCGCCCCACUUUGCCCACCUGGAUCAGAAUCGGACUGAGAUCCUUAAGCUUCUCCUUACCUGCUUCUCAGAAACCAUGUACCUUGCUCCAGCUAAAACAGCUCACACUCCAGCUAGUGAUGCACACAGCCUGCCCAAUCAGUGGAUCAGCUUCUUCUGCUCAUCAGACAACAGACACGCCCUUCCCCUGUUCACCUCUAUGAUAAACAUAGCCUGUGCCUACGACCCUGUGGGCUAUGGAAUGCCAUACAAUCACCUACUCUUCUCGGACACCAGAGAACCGCUGGUUGAGAUCGCUUCACAGAUCCUGGUCGUUACCCUCGAUCACGCAAACCCUCACAAUGUUGCAUCAUCCGUAGACGGUGCAGAAGAAGUUCACGAGGGAGUGUUACCAGAGAAUUUGUUUGUGAACUACCUGUCCCGCAUCCAUCGAGAGGAAGACUUCCAUUUUAUCCUAAAAGGCAUCACAAGACUCCUGAACAACCCCCUCAUACAGACCUAUCUCCCUGGUUCCACCAAGAAGAUAGCCUUCCACCAGGAGUUACUGGUUCUCUUCUGGAAGAUGUGUGACCACAACAAGAAGUUCCUCUUCUAUGUUCUGAAGAGCAGUGAUGUCUUAGAAGUUCUUGUUCCAAUCCUCUACCAUCUCAAUGAUGCAAGGGCUGAUCAGUCUCGCGUUGGUCUGAUGCACAUUGGUGUUUUCAUCCUCCUGCUCCUGAGCGGAGAGAGGAACUUUGGUGUUCGUCUCAACAAGCCGUACAGUGUACGCGUACCCAUGGACAUUCCAGUCUUCACAGGCACCCAUGCUGAUUUCCUUAUCAUUGUAUUCCAUAAGAUCAUCACAUCAGGGCACCAGCGAUUACAACCCCUCUAUGACUGUCUCCUGACUAUCAUUGUUAACGUGUCACCCUAUCUGAAGAGUUUAUCGAUGGUAUCAGCAAACAAGAUGCUCCAUCUCCUGGAAGCAUUCUCAACCCCUUGGUUCCUCUUCUCAAGCCCAUCAAAUCAUCAUCUUGUUUUCUUCCUCCUUGAAAUCUUUAACAACAUCAUCCAGUAUCAGUUUGAUGGCAACUCCAACUUGGUGUACACCAUCAUCCGCAAGCGUACAGUGUUCCAUCAAUUGGCCAACCUCCCUUCGGAUCAGGCUUCUAUCUCCAAGGCUCUGGCUAAGAGGAGUAAGAAGGUAGGCCCUAGUCCGGCCGCCGACUACACCGACCCUGCCUCCAUGGAGGGGUCUAUGCAGGCUGCAGACGCAGAGCCAGGAACCCUCAAAGCUACUCUCCUUGCUACACCAGGUGUGUCCAUGAUGACAGAGACGUCUAAGGUGAUGCCUGGUGAAGCAGCAGCGGCCGCAGCAGCUAGCAUGGAGAACAGCAAUGCAGAAGAACUCUCAGGGGGUGGUGGGGACAACAUGGCACAGAGCAUCCAGACAGCUCAAGCCGUGUCCCCUCAGAGCGAUACUGAGAGUCACACCUCGGAAUCCAGCAGGGUACCGCCACAGGAUGGCCAAGCGAGGGCGGGCUUCAGCGGCGAUGAUUUCCGUCCAGCUGCCCUGCAGAGGACAGGCUCAACCUCAUCCAGUGCUGCAGCCAGCGUGGCCGGAGAAUGGAGACCAACUCCAGAAUGGGUCCAGUCUUGGAAACAGAAGUUACCCCUUCAGACCAUCAUGCGUCUUCUUCAGGUCUUGGUCCCACAGGUAGAGAAGAUCUGCAUCGACAAGGGACUAACAGAUGAGAGUGAGAUCUUGAAGUUCUUGCAGCACGGUACGCUGGUCGGUCUUCUUCCUGUCCCCCACCCGAUCCUUAUCAGGAAGUAUCAGGCUAACAGUGGGACUACACUCUGGUUCAGAACAUACAUGUGGGGCGUCAUUUACCUCAGGAACCUGGAGCCGCCCAUCUGGUACGACACGGCAGUUCGACUGUUUGAAGUCCAGAGAAUCAACGAGACGUAAUCACAAGAUGCUGCAGUCGUCUUCCAUCAUAUUUAAACACACUGGAACUUGGACCCACCGAUUUGGUAUGAUACGGACGUGAAACUCUUUGAGAUUCAGCGAGUGUGAAGUAACACAGGCAUGUACCGCUACUACCAAGUAUACAAAGCCUCGCUCUCUCCCUCUCUCUUUCUCUCUCUCUGUCGCUCUUUCUUCUCCAUUCUCUCUUUUUUUUCUUUUUUUUCUUUAAAAAAAUAAUACUUAUUCCUAUGUAUCUCAUUUAUUUAAUAGCUUAAAGUUGAUCUUGUAAAUGUACAUCCUCAUCCAUGGUUGUCAUUGAUCGCCAUAUAAAUCACACAUAGAUGAAAACACUUCUCAGCAUAAAUAAAUAUAUAUAUGAUGUAUAUAUUGUAUCAGAUUACAUUUUACAAAGAAGAGAAAAACCAAGCUGUUAAAUAUUUCAAUUUUUGCUUCCUGUUAGGAGUGUCCUUAAAGCCUUGUUAAAAAGGGAAAGUUAUAUUUUGAUUUAUUGAAUAUCUGUUCAUUUGCUAGUCCACUGUUUGCCUGAUUUUUGUCAUAAUGGAAAGGAACGUGGUCCAAUGCGCCAAUGGCAGACGAGGUCAACAGGUUUUGUUCCAAAGCCUAAGCUUUCAAUGUACAAUAUACACCCAUACCAUGGAAAAUACAGAGAAUUUUGAAUGUUUUUGUGAACUGUAGACUUUGGUUUUCUCCUGAACCCCUCAAAAAGUUACACCCCGUUUGCAAUGCAAUGAUUUGUGUUGCAAGUUAAAUUAAUCAAAAUAAAUUAAAGCAUAUCAUUUCUUUAAAGUCAAUUUUACCAAAUCAAUAUCGUUGUGAGCAAGUGUUCUGGUAUAUGUAUGACGCUAUUAAAUACAAAAAACAUUAUUUUCUUAGUGGAAUAUGAUUGAGGGAUCAGGAAACAGUAAAAGUGGCCAGCCAUUGUAAACAAGUGGCCUUUCUGGAGAAAGCCAAAAUGCAUGGCCACUGUAGACAGGUGGCCUUUAUAAAGAGGUGGCUACUAACACAGGGUUGAUUGUAGUGUGUACAAAUCAUAUUUUACUGACACUAAUGACACUAAACGCAAACAUUAUUCUCUUAGGAGAAUAUGUGUGCAUGAUCCAUUACAUGUAACUUGAGAAAAGGAAGGAAGUAUAAUACCUUCCAGCAACCAGUGAUAUGUAACUACAUGUAUUGAUAACACAUUCAAGUACCUUUCGAUUAAUCAUAAUGUGCAUUCAGCAAUCAGUAUAAGUGCACUUGUUCACAUAGUAGGAUAGGAUGGCACCGUAUGUUGACUCUGUAUGUAUUUCAAAGCACUCAAUCGGCUUAAAGUGUACCAACCAGCAACAAAUAUUGUAAUCAGCACGUUAAGGGCUUCAUGAGUUUCCAAUGUUACCUCUGUAAAGAGAUGAAUUGCAAGUUUAAAUACACUCGCAAUUAACAUAGAAGCAACUUGUGAGUAGACCAGUCGAUAUACUCAGACACGCUCUCAUAAAAAAUAAAGUUAUCCCUAAAAUCUGUUUUCAGCAAACCAUGCAUUCAGAUUUAAAAUUCUUGAAAGAUUUUGAUUUAUGAAACAUGAUUCUCAACUUUUUGGCACCUUAAUGGGUUAAAGAGCUUGUAGAUUUCCUUAAGUAGUUCCUUGAAUUAUAUUAUUCAUUGAGAAAGGUCUGUAUAUGUUUUUCUCUUCUUGAAUAUUAAACGCUGAAUAUAGAUGCAUUAAAUAUGACCUAUAACACCAUAUGCAUGUGUGAGAUGCGUUACUGUAUAUCUGCAUCUAUUUGACCAAACGAAGAAAGAGGAAGUUGACACAAUAUGCAAGUCAACCACGACCUUCAACAACAUUCUUUAUUCUUCACUGUACAUGUAUAUAAUGUUGUAUAUACCAUAUGCAUUGUGGUCGAUACUGAAUGUCACCGUAUAGUUCAAAUCUGAUCAUGUGACCACGUGUCUAUAGUUUUAUAGCUUUAUUGAUAUCUAGUCCAAACUGUUGGUUCAGAUUUUAUUUCUUGUGAGAUUAGAGGUGUCGCAGUACAGUGGUUGAGCCACUUAACUCUCGAUCGAAAGGUUGAAGGUUCGAUUCCCAGCCUGGCACUGAUGUUCUUUGUGAAGACAUUUGCUACUCUCUACCCAGGUGUAAAUGGGUACCUGGUAAUUGUUGGGGUGAUGAUUUUCCAGGGCUCUUAAGAAGAACAGCAUUGGUGCUGAUGAGGCUUCCCAGGGUUUUCGUUUUUCAAAUGAUAUUUUAUUUGAUACUCAAAACAAUAUGAUAUGAUAUAAUACAGAGUUGUGAGAUGAUUAAUACAGAAAACAUUAUAACAGCUUCUAUGGGAUAAAAUAUUGCAAAGGAAAUCAAUAUGUUCAGGGCUCAAUUAAUUAGAUAAGCCUACUCCGGUAGACACAAGGAUCCACCGCACCGUGCCCCAAACACUGAAAAGGGAAAGAAAACACAAGAGACCAAAACCGCUGAGGCAGCGCUUCCCAGGGUCAACAUAAUUAGUAUAACACCUUUUGUUAAGGGUAGUGUAGUGUGUAGCAUAAUAUUCAGGCGUUUUUGUCACAACAUGUUGGUUGUUUUUGGUACUCCUUAUAUUUUACAUUUAGUUUUUUCAUAAAGGAGGGCAAGGAUUUACAGGUACGAGAAGGGUUGCAGGUUGAUUAAGAGGAGUAUAUCGGGGGAAAUUAUGAGAGGAUCGGCGCCAGGAUUGGAAAAUCUAACCGCUCUUUGAAGCAAAACAUUUAUGUAGUCUAUGGUAUGUGUGACUCUUUUGUCAAUGAGGUGGCUUUUGAAAUGUAUUGAUGAAAAGCCUUUUGAGACUUGCCAUUGUGAUUGCAAAUGAUUAAAACUAUUUGCAAGCUUGGCAAGGUUCCAACAAAAGAAACAGAAAUUGAAACCGAGAUUGAAUGCAUGCAAUGAUUCAUCAGGAGUGUAUCAACACUGUACAUAUAUCAGUAUUUUGUAAAUUUGAUUAUGAUGAAGAUUGAUACAACCGUAUCAUGGUGCUGUUAUCUGUCUAGUUAUAAUUUGCUUUACGUAACAUCCCCCCCUCCCCCCCCCCCCCCCCCUAUUAAAAAAAAAAAAAAUCUCAACAUUUGUUGUGUUCAUGAAUGAAUGCACACUCUAAUAAAUCGUAUUUGCAGAUCUUUUUAUGCAUCCACCACCAAAGGUUGAGCCUGAGGCAUUAUUCUUAGCUGUACUGUUUAGCAGCAUGUAUGCAUAACAUACAUGCUCCAAACAGUGUUGUCAUAACAAGUGGUUUGAAUUUUGUUUCGACAAAGGGACGUAUAUAUUACAAUGAUCAUUUUGAGGUAUGUUAAUGGAGGUCUUCUUGAGUUGAGAUAAUAUGGAAAAAGUAUUUUUUUAAAGAAUCGAAUAAAAAUUGUAUGUCCAGCUGUAAUACCUCUUUGGUUUCAAUUACACAUGUUUUCAUGUGACAAUUCUUGUAAUUGGUUGUAAUGAAUUUAUGUGAUUUUAUCAAAUUUGCAAGUGAACAAGCAAGAUUGCUUGGAAAUAAUAUCAAAAUCAGUUUUCUUUUUUUAGAUCCAAUUUUAUCCUUUUACCCGAUGUUCAGAGAAGAUCUUUGUCUUUUUUUACAUAAUCGAUAGGGUCUAUACUUUAUCAAGGAUGAUAAAUGCCAAGAUAAUUAUUAUUUUUGUAAAUGACUUUUAAAAGCAUUAGUCUUUGUAUCAUUUACUAAAUAUAAUAUAUGAUAUUUGCACCUACACCCUCUCCCUCUGACCUUAGAAACAGAGAUAAUUGAAGAGCAGGGGCAAACAAUUUCUCGGGAAAAUUUUGAUUAUUUGGACGUGGUUUUACAUAGAGACUAGCUGAAUGAGGGCAGUAUUCAUGUUUCUUGCUUUUCUCACAAGAUUAAAGAAAGAAUGCAAAUUUGUAAGUUAACAACUUUGGAAUCACUGAUUAAUCCUUAUCACAAUUUAAUUAUAGAAUCUGGCAGCUGUGUUUUAUUUUUGAAGUGCCAUAUUGUGGUGUGACAACUACUAAAUCAUUUUAAAGAAGUCCCAAGUUUGUGUCAAAGACAUCAAUGAAAUGAGAUUGUAAAUUAGUGUAAUGAAUUAGAGGAGAAAUGGGACAAUUGGUACUUACAUACUCUUAAUAUUUCUAUCAAUCUCUCAGACUUUUUCCCACAAGAAAGUUAUGUAAUCAUCAUAUUAAGAGAAAUGCAUACCCAUCUACUGGAGAAGAAUUGUAGAGCGAUGAUCGCAAUAGUAAAGUUUCCUCAUGUUAACAACAUUCCACUAUCUGUAUAUUAGCUGAAAAUAUAUGUGUCAAAGAAUUUGUUUCUUCACUUAAUUUAAUUUUUUUUCCUCACAAUUACCAGAAAUGGGCUUGAUUGUAUAUGGUUAACUAAGUAUUAUUAUGAUAUUUCAAGUGUAAUUUAAAUUUGAAGUUUUGCUUAAAUUGUAGAGUUCCAUUUUUAAUAUUUACUUUUAUCCUGCAUUAGGCAUAUUUAUAUGUAAUUCUUUUAUUAGUGCUGUUAUUUAGUUUGUUGUGUUUUAUUCUGUGUACACUGUACAUACAUGUACAUGUAGUAUUUUGUAUGCUAGUUUCUAAUAAUAUAUUUAUUCUUAACACUGCCUUUUGGUUGUAAAGGUAUUGCUUUAUCUAUCUAAGUUUGAUUUAUUUACUAUUGAAAGACUUCUUUUUCUGUGUUUGGCGUCUAUUUGCAUAUGGCUACAACUAUCUGUACAAAAGUUAACCAGGUGCAAUACUUUUAUUUGAUAUUCAUCUAUUCUAUGUAUAACUGUUUUGCUGUUGAUUUGUAUAUGUUGUCAGUAGGGAUAAAUAUCAUGAUUAUCAAGCUCAAAUUCAGCCUGGUGGGGGCUGGAACUAUUUUCUGUUUAAAACAGGUUAGAGAGACUUAUUGUACCGGGAUAUAAGGCUUAUUUUCAUUGUUAUUUAAGCAUAAGGGGCUGUAAUGAUUGUGUUCAUUGGUUUGUUAGGAGGAUAUCUUAUACCUGGCGAAUAACAAAAACUUAACAAAGGAAAUGUCAUGUGAAAUUGAUAUAUUGUAGGCAUUAAAUAUGCAAUUAAUUUGUUCUAUAAGCCUUGCAGAGAUGCUCAGUUUUUGAUCUUAUGAUUGCUAGCAUGAGUUUUGUAUUAUAAUUGCCUAAUCUUUAAUUUUCAUCAUAACUGGUUUUGUUGACUUUUGAUGACAUUUUUCCAACCAACUGUAUGUUUCACUCGCCCUCUUGCAUAAGUGAUAAUCUCCCAAGGAUAUUCACAUUGAUGUGAAUGCAUAUCUUAACGCAUCCUCUUCCUUUUCAGGUCUUGGUUCUUUUUAUUUUCCGUUGCGUUUGAACUUUGACCUCUUUGAAAGGGAAUGAUAGGUCAUGUCAGAUAUCAGGGUGAAUUUAUUUAUUUGUGGAAUGCUAUGGUUCUCCCAUUUCACAAAACGGUUUGUCUACAGUAUUACUACAUACCCCCAUUUAUUUGAUGAUGUAAAUCAAACCGAUAUUGUAUAAAACAGCAUUCAUGUAUUUAAAAAAAAUGUAUUGUAAUUGUUUUAAGUUGAUGUCCUAAUAUUGCAGUGUUAAUACAUGUAGACACAUAAAUAUACAAAGAUAAAGGUUAUUAGAAUUAACUUGACUAAUAAAAAAAAAUAUUGCAACUA